GCAAAAACGGACCAAGCUCACUCAACAAAACUCCUCCAGCACCUGAACUCUCCAUCUUCUUCUGCAGUGAGAUCUCCAGUCAGGAACAGCCAUGAGUGUGAGGAAAAGGCACAGGAGCACACGUGGAACUCCCAUUUACUCUCAGGGAUUCAGUAGUAAAUCUAUGGGAUCCCACAUCUCACCAAAAACCAGCGCUCCUGUCAGUGUUGUAGCUCCAGCCAUGGUUGUUGCCACUGAUCAAAACCUCCUUGAAUCGCUCAACUUGGAGAUCGACCCCAGUGUUAUAUCUGCUUACACCCAAGAGAAAGAGCAGAUCAGGACUCAAAACAACCGCUUUAUUUCAUUCAUUGAUAAGGUUAGAACCCUAGAGCAUCAGAACAAAAUGCUGCAAACCAAAUGGAAACUGUUGAACGAGCAGACUGACUCUCACUCCAACAUAGAGUCCAAACUGAAACUGUACAUCACCCACCUGGAAAGGAAGCUGGAUGAUCUGAUGACAUCCAAUAAACACUGCGAGGAGCAGAGGGAGGCUUUGCAUCACCAGGUGGAAGAAUACAGGGAAAGAUAUGAGCAAGAGUACAACACGAGGAGUGAUGCAGAAAAUGCCUUUGUCCUGUUGAAACAGGAAGUGGAUAUUGCAACUAUGUCAACGGCAAACCUUCAUCAAAAGCUGUCUUUAUUAGAAAAUGAAGAGGAAUUCCUCAAGACUCUCCAUGACGAGGAGCUGCAUGAGCAGCAGCAGAGAGUGGCGCCCUCAUCCGUGGUGGUGGAGAUGGACAACUGUCGCAAGCUAAACAUGGAUGACAUCAUGUCGGAAGUUAAGGCUCAUUAUAAAAGCCUUGUUGCUCAUGGUCGUGAAGAAGUGGAAAGCUGGUACAAGGCGAAGUUAAAUUACAUGGCAGCUGAAGCAAGCAGGAAUGACACAGAGCUACAUGACAACAAAAACAAAGUAACUGAACUUAAAGAAAACAUCCGGCAUAUUGAGAUGGAAAUCCAAGCUGUAUCAUCACAGAUCUCUUCCAGCAAUAGAUGGCUCGCUGAGGUGGAACAGAGAGGGGACAAGGCUGUGAUGGAAGCCAAAAGCCACAUCAAGGAUCUGGAGCAAGCUUUGCGUGGCGCAAAGCUUAGCAUGGCAAACCAAAUCAGAGAUUACCAGGGCCUCGUGGAUGUCAAGAUGGGUCUGGAGAUGGAGAUAUCCACAUACAUGAAACUACUGGAAGAAGAGGAGAAAAAGAUUCAAAAUCCAUCCUUUCUCAACAUCAGAGCAGGGGUUGCCAGAGCAGUCACCCCUGUUCAAUCACCAAAGUCGGGAGCCCUUCUAAUCAAGAUAAUAGAGACCCAUGAUACAACAUACAGCUGAAGCAGAAAUCAUUUUUUCAUAUAUAUAGAUCUGUGAUCAACAGACAUUUACUUCUUCCUUUAAUAACAGCUUUUGUAAAGCAGCACUGCUGGGAAAUUAAUGGCGACCACUUUGAAGCCCAAUUAAUCACUUGUGUUGCAGAGAGAUUUUGAUGCACACCUGUUGUGGGAUAUGCUGAAUCAGCAUGUACACCAGAGUGCAUGCUUCUUUAAUGGGUUCUUGAAAAACACUGACAUCCAAACUAAUAUCACUAAAACAUCAAACUCCAGUUGUUGGUUGGUAUUAUCUUUAUUGAAAUAAUGAUGGGAAUUAAUUUAACACAGGAAGCAUUAAACAAAUAUUUAUAUUUUGCUUUGUCCUGAAUAAAACUAAGGAAAUACUUUACUCAUACCCUUAGCAAAAAGUAGUACACCUGAGGUAUAUUUUAUAAAGUAUACUUGAGUAUAAGUUUAGCAGGUGAAUUUUAGACCACGGCCAUGUAGUGUAGGAAGUAUUCUAACUGCAUACGUUCGUAGACCAAUAUAAGUUUUAGAUUUACAAUGUAUAGAUAGUAUUGUAGCAACCUGGGGGUUAGCCCCGCCUUCAGCCCUUAAGACUCGUGGGAAGUGGGGAAUCUUGGGUGAAAACCAUGAGUGAGAGGGCUGGGGAGCGGAAGUGUCAUCCAUGCUGUUUGGCUGUUUGUUGUGUAUUCAAUUAAAUGGGCAGUGAUGCUGAAAUGGA